AUGGAGCCCGCCGGCCGCCAGCGCAGCCCCGGCCCCGGCCCCGGCCCCAGCCCGCCGCCCCCGGGGGCGCCCAGCCCCGCCGGCCCGCAGGGGCCCCAGCCCGGCGCAGCCCCGGCCGGGCGCCGCCGCGGCGCCUCGACGCCGCCGCCCGGGCCGUGGCAGGGGGCGGCCGCCUCGCCCCCCGGCGAGGCCCCGCGGCGCCCCGGCGCCCCGCGGGAGGGCGGCCGGCGGAAGCGCACCACCUUCAGCAAGGCGCAGCUGGAGCUGCUGGUGAAGACCUUCGAGGAGGACCCCUACCCCGGCAUCGCCGUGCGGGAGCGCCUCUCCGGCCUCACCGACAUCCCCGAGUCCAGGAUACAGGUGUGGUUUCAGAACAGGCGAGCCCGGCAGCUGAACCGCAAGAAGAGCGAAGCCUCCCCCUACGCCAGACCCGCGUGUGGCAAGCAGAGGCUGGCCCACUUCGGCGGCGGCUGCCAAGAGAGGCCCCGAGCGGCAUGCGGCCUCGGGCCCGAUCAGAACCCCCUCAGCCUGCAGCCCGGCCUGCCCGGAGGAAGUCAGAACUGCUCUGGUCAGCCGCUACCCUACGCGGGGCCGCAGUACACAAGGCUCGAUACUCAUUUCAGGAGCUUGGAUAACACGUUUGGAGCCCACAGUCAGACCCCUUCUCACUUCAAUUUGGACUACAUGGCAAAAGGGGUGCAAUUCAGUGUGGGAACCAUAGGGAGUUCCCCCCAGCUCUCAUUCCCUGUGCAGCAAGUGCAGGAAUAUCCAUACUUGAAGAAAUCGUUCCCUGAAAACUACUACCCAGAUGCAGAUAUUUUCCAGUCAUGUAUAGAAGAUCACCAGUAUCUGGCAGCUAAAGAGAACAUGUGUAGGAGGCCUGUCUUAAACUACUUAAAUGCUAAUCAAGGCCUGGGCGAUGAGAACUGUUUGUAUAUCAAGUCAAACACCUCUCCUUUAGGUAAGGGUUUCAUUUCAGACCAUGGUGAAGGAGACUCUAAUGUGAAGCUUGAGCUUGAGCAGGUGAGGCACAGUCCAUCUCUGGUAGCAGCUCAUGAUGCUAGUUCCCCUUUGGUACUUGCAAAACACGAGGGGAAAUAUCAAGGGACACUUUCUCCUCCAGCCCCAUCAUCUGGGCAGCAGCUGCUGGAGGCAGUAAAUGACUAUGACCCUUAUUGGCUGGGCAUGAGAAAUGAAAUUUGGGGAACUGGUUUAGAUUCAGUGUUUGAGAAUGAGCAAAAUGGAGAGCAAGGUGGGCCAAAAAGUUACCUUUUUACUUAUGAUGGCCACAGUUCAACUUGUCAUUUGGGUCACACGUGAAAUGGUGACAGCGAGUCUGUUGGCCUGAUGAAAACUUAAUGGUUUUUGUUCAAUUGGCAGCUUCAUCCAAAGUGGCUAGAGGUUUUGCAGCUCUAAGUAUGGAGUACUUGCUGUGAGUUUUGUGUGCUGUCUGGAAGGGAAGGAAAGGAAGAUAAACUUUGCAAGGCACACAAGCAGAUAACCUGCUGUGUGUGUGCACGUGUCAUUCUUCCUUCUUCCUCCCCACCCCUUCCCAAUCCUACCUGAAUUGUCACCAAGCUGCAUGCAGUAUUCUUGUGUGCGUUUGAUUAUUGGUACCCACACAUUAGCCUGCAUGUACAGCUCAGCCUGUACAUUGUUCACAAAUAUUUCAAUAGUGAAGAUUUAGUCUCUGAUGUUCAAACUGGGUUGGAUUCAUUCUGCCAGGAGGCUUGGGACUACAGAAUGGGUUUUAUGGCCUUACUGUACUGUUUUGCUGUUUCCAUCCUUGUCAGAAAUCACUUUAACUUAAGAAAUCUGUAGAAAACAGAUGUUAUAUGUACAGCUUUUGGUGGAGAAAGUGUAACAUAAAAGGAAUACAGACAUGGGAAAAGCAACCUUGGUGGUGGAAGGGGAAGGGUCACAGGGUGUGUUAGUGGUUUAGGUGUGUACCUGAUUAAGGUCUUUUCCUGGAUAUUUAAUGUAUAGAGUUUUUAUUUAAAAAUGACCAAAUAUGUAGCCUUUUAAAAGGCAAUAUUUUUGUGGGUUUUGUAUAAUUUUUUAAAAUUUUCUGAUUAUUAAUAUUUUAAAGGAACUUUGUUAAUUUAAUAAAAAAUCCUCUAAACAAGUUGUUUACUGUUUACUAGAAGGAGGUUCUCUACCUGUGUGUGAUAAUGGACUUGUUGAAUUGGACUCGAAGAAAAAUGUAAUUGAGUCCUGUCCUUGCACUUUGGAUGUUCGGCCUAUUUUUAGACUUCUCAAGACCACUGGCUGUCUGGAAGCCUAAUGUGAUCAUAUAGUGCUCUGACAAAACCAAUGGAAGGCCAGGGGGAUGUAUAGAUCUGGAGGGCUGCCGUGACUGUGUAUUAAAGCAAUAUUGGGGCUAGCAUGUUGAAGACUAUGUAUGCAAAUCCUUUCUCAUGCUCAAAAUGUGAAUUACUUUAAGUAUGCCUUGAUUUUAAGAUGUAUGCUAUUAAGCUAAUUAUUAUGCUGCUUUUGUUCUAUAAACAAAAUCAGAUUUAAAUACAUACCGUUAUUUUUUAUUAAUAAAAUUGAUGUCUC